UAACCACUGAUGAUAAGCAGGAACUCGCCCGGGAAGGUGCAUACAACUAUUUUCUCAACAGUUAUAGACGAAAGGUGAAGAGGAUAAGUCCAAAACCAAGUCCAGGUUGGUGUAGCUAUAACGGCUACACAGGACAAAACUUUGAGGACAUAAGGCCAGCAUGGAGGGUGUGGCAGCAGCAGGUGGUGGCGCUGUGUGGGUGUGUGGGGGUGUGCGGUGGAUGUGUGGUCGGACGAGGAAGAGGUCUUUGGGGGUGGCUUUUCUCCUUCUCUGGGGCGCUGCUCGCGUCUACCGCUACUACGUCCACAAGAAGAGAAGGGAGAGGUGGGCCAACGCUGGGCAGGACGUAGUGAUAGUACACGCCUUCCCCAAGGGCCGCUACACCCCCAACAUGUCCCCCUUUGUCUUGAAGCUCGAGACUUACCUCCGCCUUGCUCAGAUCACAUACCAGGUGGACUAUGAAGAACCUUUAGGACCCAAAGCUCUGUGUCCUUGGAUUACUCUUAAUGGUGAGGAGGUGGCUGACUCACAACUGAUCAUGGAACGACUUGGGCGGCAGUAUGACAAGAACUUCGAGAGCAAACUACUGACGAAGGAGCAGCAGGCGGUAGCGAGGGCAUUUAGCCUAAUGGUCAGCGAGCACCUAGCAUGGUGUCUACGGGACUGGCGUUACGUUACCGACUACGGACAAGGGAUAAGGCAGGGCAUGUCUCACAUACCCCUCUACUACUACCUCCUGUUUCCUUAUCUACGGCGCAGGAUGAUCAAGGCGCUCAAGAUACAAGGCGUAGGAAGACACACUCACAGUCAGGUGCAGCACAUGGUCAAACAGGACCUGGCUGCUCUCUCUCAUUACUUGGGAGAGAAGCCUUUCCUGAUGGGGGAGGAGCCAUGUGAGGUGGACUGCACAGUGUUCGGCUUUCUAUCUCAGCUUCUGUGGAAUUACCCCGGAUCACCCUACAUCAUCAUGCUUAAUAAUGACUUCCGCAAUCUUCAGCAGUACCAUCGCCGUCUUAAAGAUCGCCUGUGGCCAGAUUGGGACAGCUGCCUCGACCCUCCCAGAACAUCUUAAAUCUUCAAGAAUUAUAUCACAGGAUCCCUCGAGGCUUUUAAGGCAUCUUAGAACUCGAGUAAAAAAUUCACACGACGCAUCCUAAACAGUAGCCUAAACUGAUGACGUGAGAACUCGGUGGGAUGGUGAAGCUACGACGCCAUGGCGGGAGGAUUCGACACUUUCCAAAUCUGGUGUUGAAAAUAAGGUGCACAAUAAAUGGGAGGAAGUACAACAAACAAGGACACCAAUUACACGUACAGUCAAUAGUCAUUUACGAGAACUACCCUGACCCAGUGGCAAAGUUUACACGAGUGAACAAAUACCAUACUGAAUAUAUCACUCACUGACGAGCUGACGUAAGCAUAACUACUGAAUUACCUGUUGAACUCAGAAGCAUCGAUGAAACUGUCUCAGAAAACAACAAUCAAUACUUACCUUCUAUAGUAGGUCAGUCCGUGGUUGUUAUGUCGCGUCGUGUCGUGUCGUGUCUGACUAAUUUUUAACACUACGUCAUGUAAAAUCUGAUACUUGGGAUUUAAAAAAAAGGGUGCACAAUUUAGGAACGUACUUAAUUCAUGUUUGUAAAUGUGUGAUUCUGAGUCAAAUUAUAAUGACAGUCAGAUGAAUAUUUGUUGAUGGAGGGUUCAUUGUAAUUCAGUGAACUUGACAUAUAUAUGUAAUUCAUAAUACAGAAUUAGUUGUCUUUCAUAUGGAAUUGUUAAUAAAUGUUCUCCAAAUCUAAUUAAUUAUAAUAAAAGUCCAUCCAUAAAUA